AUGGGCACCUACAAAGAACUUCUCGCUCAGGGCCUUCAAGUCCACCCGACAGCCUAUCCUGUGCCUUCUCUCAAUGUUAACGGAGUUCUCUGCAUCGAAGUACCCGUCAACGACCUCCCUCACGCCACCAAUACCCAGUACCAACUUAGUCCUCCUUCGAGAGACAUGUUUACACAAAGCCAACCCUUCAGCAAGCAGGCUCUUGCUCCCUCAUACCCAUCGCCCCCAAAGAGAGACGAACAUGGCAAGUUUCCUAGCAAGCCCGAAAACCUCCCUGCCAGACCUCAAAAAUCGACAGUAGAGUACGCUCAGGAGAGAUCCUUCGCCAAGCUCAUCUCCACCGAGAGACCCCUCACCGUCGAUGAGAUGGUGGCUCGCGACAGCCAGUCCUUGGUCGAACUCCAUGGCUGGAUGUCAUGGGCGUCGAGAAUGCCCAAGGUUUGGGACCUCCUCGAUCCUGUUGAGUACGAGCGACUCAAUAGCUUCCAGACUGCUGCCCCGUUGCAGGCCAACGAAGAUGCCCAGGUCGACAAGACAUCGCAGACCCUCCUCCUUUUCUGCAUCGUCGGAUUCCUCCUGCGGUACUUCGGUGAAGUGGCAGCUGGACCCCUGUCCAGUCUUGCUUUCCUCGCUGUGGCGGUCAUCCAGGUCAACAACCAGAACGGUCUGGCUCCCUUAACCAACCUCUCCCAGUUGAUUCUCAACCCAACUGCCAUGCUGAACCUCCUCACAUACUGGAUACUAGGAAUGCUGAGAGUCGUCCUGGUCAGCACCUUCGCUGCCGUGACCUCUGUCGUCAGCCUCAUCUCUCGGGGGGUAGCCCUGCUCCGCAGCAUCAUUUCUGAAUCUCAAUCUGGAUCUCGAAACGCUUUUUGCAGUGUGACAGCUUCCCUGCAUGUCGCAAGGCACGACAUCGCCAGAGAGAUCUCUAGCUUCCGCCUAGCUACAGGACUUGUAGCAGUACUGUUGGCAUUCUCGAACUACAGAAUGCUUCUGUACCCUUCGACCCUCGGACUUCUUGCUUGCAUGCUCUUAUGCCUCCUCAUGGUGAUCUGCAUACUCGCAACGCUCACGGAGCGGCCGUUCAACGAAUGCGUGUGCGGUAGCCCCACCGCUCCCCCUCCUGCCGUCCCUGCCCCUCGCGCAUCGACAAUGCUGUCCGGACGCAGUGGUGUCACCUUCGCUGACCCACUCGCGACUCCGCCGUCAGUCAGCACAAAGUCUCUUCCCCAGAGGCUUCGCCCGAGAGCGCUCAUCCACGACUUUGGCACGCCGACCCGAAGUCCCUGGGGUGGGGACUUUGGUGCUCGCCGCAGCCCACCCGACUUGUUCGAACCGACAUUUUUCAGCUCUCCGCCGAGGCAAACGUUCACCUGA